CACAGAGAGAGAGAGAGAGAAAGAAAGGACAUAAACAAAAAGAAACGGUUUAUACAACAGAAAAAGAAAAAGGAGAAAAAAACAGCUGCCAGACGCAACAAUGGCAGACAAAAUGUCGUCGACCGCCGUCGCCUCCAAUAGUCUCGGCAAUUUUUUCCAGCGCUUCCAGGGCCUGCAGAGCCACAGAAACGCCAUGGACGACCUCAUCAAGGACCUCCUGAUUCACUGCAACCAGGUCGAGAGCGACCUGCGCGAGGAGAGCCAGCGGCUCGUCAGCGCGCACAUGGACCUCGCCAAUGCGGUCAAUGCCGGCCGCGAGCUGCAGCAGGUCGUUGAGUUUUAUCAGGAGCAGGAGGAGAGGACGCAGGAGAGGACGUUGAAGGAGAUUGAAAAGAUUAAGAAACACAAUUCAUAUGUCAUGGUGCUGAUAGAUGGCGAUGGCCUUGUGUUCCGAGAGACAUAUAUCAAACAGGGCCUCGAGGGCGGCAAAAGGGCUGCAUACGCCUUGCGAACCGCCGUGGCCGACCUCUUUGGUGAAGAUGCCGAGGACAUGGAAAUCGUGGCCAAGGUCGUCGCCAACCUCUCUGGCCUAGGCAAGGCCAUGCAGCGAGACGGCUGCUUAGACAAUCCCAGCCUGCUCAAGGACUUUGCGCUCGGCUUCACCCAGGCCAAGGCUAGCUUUGAUUACAUUGACGUCGGCCAUGGAAAGGAAAGGGCCGACUCCAAAAUUAGAGCCAGAUGGCAUCUGCGGAAUUACAACUGCCGUCAUAUUCUGCUGGGCAUCUCGCACGACUCCGGCUAUGCCCCUUUUCUGGACGAGACCCUCCAGAGCGAGGCCACUCGCCAGAGAAUCAGCAUCAUCGAGGGCGUCGCGACGGUGCCCGACCUGCGGGCCACCAACAUUAGCAUAAAGAGAUUGGGCAAUGAGCUGUUCCGCGAGGACAAGCUUCACGACAAGAUUGCCUCGCCCCAACAGCACUCGGCGCCAGCACCCAGCCAACCGGCUCAGGCGGCUGCUCAACCUCCCCCAGCGCCUCAACCGGCCGCAAAGGAGGCUUGUUCUCCCGCGACAAGCCCCGUCGUCAGCACCGCCAGCUCCAAAGAGACCCGCACGCCGGUCGUGUCAUACGCCGGCAUCGCCUCGGCCAGCCCGCCGCCCAAAAUCACGCUCCCCCUCGCACGAAAGCAGACGCAACCCACCGGCUCGGACAGCUCGCGGAAUAGGGGCUCGCAGCGCUCGCAGCAAGAAGGCCACUACAUUCUCAUUCCGCCCAGCCAGCCGCAGAACUGGAACCCUGGCCCUCGCGGCCUCGACGAGCCCAUCAGAGUCAAUGUCCAGGUGCUCGAAGCCGUCAAGAAGCGAAAAGAGGACAAGCUGUGCAACAACCACUACCUCCGUGGCCCUUGUUCUAAGAGGGACACUUGCUCCUUUGUUCAUGACCAUAAGAUUACCGAUGACGAAAUGAAGGCGGUUGCCGUGCUGGCGCGCCAGAACCCUUGCUCGUCUGGACAGUAUUGUGAAGCGGAUGACUGCAUCUACGGCCAUCAUUGCCCGAGCAUCAGGAACGGUGUCUGCCAACACUUUCAUUGCAGAUUCUCCGAGGAAGCUCAUCCUCCAGGGACGGAAUAUAAAGGAAACUUUUGA